UGUCAUGCUUGUUGGCUUGUUGCUACCGUAAUAAUAUGUUCCUUGCUUGUUUGCAGGCUGGCCGCUGGCUUGCUUGGUAAUUUAUCUUUAUAGAGAGUGUAUAAAUCAAGGUUCUUGCUCUCUCACUGGCUCGUGCCAGUUGACACCAUCCUUCUCCUUCUUCUCUCACUACAGUUUCUCGUUUUCGCUACGUGAGGUGGCGAAAAUGGAGGUGGAGAAUAGCAAGAAGUCAUCGGUGUCAGAUGCUGGAGCUUGGGGGAUGAACGUUGUCAGCUCUGUGGGACUUAUCAUGGCCAACAAACAGCUCAUGUCUCCCAAUGGUUUGGGUUUUGGAUUUGCCACAACUUUAACUGGGUUCCAUUUCACUGUGACUGCAUUGGUGGGGUUGGUGUCAAAUGCGGCUGGCUAUUCUGCAUCAAAGCAUGUUCCCUUUUGGGAGCUUCUUUGGUUCUCAAUUGUUGCUAACAUGUCAAUCACUGGAAUGAACUUCAGCCUCAUGCUCAACUCUGUUGGAUUUUAUCAGAUUUCAAAGUUGAGCAUGAUUCCUGUUGUUUGUGUGAUGGAGUGGAUUCUUCACAGCAAACACUAUUCAAAAGAAGUGAAGAUGGCUGUGGUGGUGGUGGUUGUUGGUGUUGGUGUGUGCACAGUGACUGAUGUGAAGGUUAAUGCCAAGGGGUUCAUAUGUGCCUGCGUGGCUGUCUUGUCCACAUCCUUGCAACAGAUUUCAAUUGGUUCACUACAGAAGAAGUACUCUAUAGGCUCUUUUGAACUGCUCAGCAAGACAGCUCCAAUACAAGCAAUCUCCCUGGUUUUAUCUGGCCCUUUCAUAGACUACAGCCUCAAUGGAAAAUUUUUGUUUAAUUACAACUUAUCUUAUGGUGCACUUUUUUUGAUCGUGAUCUCGUGCUCCCUAGCAGUCUUCUGCAAUGUGAGCCAGUACCUCUGCAUUGGCCGCUUCUCGGCUGUGUCUUUCCAGGUUUUAGGCCACAUGAAAACUGUCUGUGUCCUCAUUCUGGGAUGGCUGCUCUUUGAUUCAGAGCUCACACUUAAAAAUAUAUUGGGAAUGAGUAUGGCUGUAGUGGGCAUGGUGGUGUAUAGUUGGGCAGUGGAGGCUGAGAAAAAGGCCAAUUCCCAAGUCAGAAACAAUGUUUCUGAAGAGAAUGCACAGUUGUUAAAGCAGAAUUCAGAUCUUCAAUCUGAGGUUAAGGAUGUUGAGCUUGGUAAGUCCAGAGGCUAAGACACUUGUUCUUGUUAUUUUUUUUAAUAUAUUUUUUGUUAAAAUUUUAUAUUGCAUAGAAAGGAUUAUAUAGAGAAGAAGCAAGAAUACAAUUGUUUGAUUAAACAUUUGGCAAAUUAAAAUUAUUGCGUCA